ACGUCCACAGUUUCACUGCAGCGGUCGUCGAUCCCGCGCGUGCGCACACUACACGCCCUACAAGUGAUAGUGAUAGGUGAUACUUUUAUUUGGUGAUAGUGAUAACGGGUGUGGUGACAGCUUUAGUGCAAAAGUUUGGGGAAAAAGUGCUGUGUGGUAUAGUUUUUGUGAAAAGCGGAGAUUUUGAGCAAAGUUCUUUUUUUUGGAUUGUUGAGGUUCCAGCCCUGAAGCCUUGGACACCAGAAGAUUGUCUGACAAAUCAGCACUAUGUGAUUACCAAGAUGCUUCUAAACCUGUGUAAAUCGUGCCAGUAUUGCCUGGAGACUAUGUACUGGAAAUGCUGCGAAGAAAGAUUCUGCUUCGACAAGAAAAUCGCCACUUACAAGUUAGAAGAAGAUACAGUCUACCAGAAUGGCUACACAAACAUGGGCGCCAGUCUGGAGAGCGUGGUCACUCAGCAGCCCAUCAACAACAACCAUAUCCCUCCGAGAGAGGUCUUCGGGAGGGAGAUCAAUGAAGUGCCUCUUCACGCUGAUAAGCUGUACGAGGUGUUCUCCAAAUCGCUAAUCUUCAGAGAAGAUCACGAACUCAAGAACGGCAGCAACGAUUCUUUGGAUGAACUGGAAACUAAAUCCGAACCUGACUACCUUGAGCGACCGAACCGAACCAAAGUUUACUUCGAAGAUGAAGUCAACUCCCCCGUGACAGACUUCGAAAUCAUGUUCAAAGACGAACUAUUAGCCUCUCACGAUAUGUUCAAAAUCGAUGAAGAAGAAGAAAGUGUUAAGAGCCAGGACACAGAAGAAGGACUAGUUAUGAACGUAUCUGUUAAGAAACAAGACGUAAUCAAACCUAGUACUAUAACAAUCAAAGACGAAUCUAAAAUAACGACUCAAAAUCCUAUUUAUAAGUACGAUCCUGUUUCAGUCGUCGCUUUGCCAUCAACGUUAAGUUUACCAAGAGUUGAAAGCGUCAAAGGAAUUUUGCGGCAAAAAGAUCUACCUAGAAGCCACAGCGCAAGAACUUUAGAAAGAGUCGAUAGUAGCAGCAAAUUAUCAAGGCCGACUAUUAAUAGAGUUGAUAGUCUUAAGAAUAUUGACCCCAGUAAAAUAAAUAAAGUACUAGCGAGAGUUCCACAUAGGAGUGCUUCGUUCUUGAACAUUCCUGAACAUUUAGUGCCUGAGAAACCUCCUCUAACGAAAAGCAAAUCAAUGGUAGGAGUGUUAAUGGCUAAUGACAGUGAAAUAAGACUGAGCAGUCUUCCUGAUACUCCUAUUAUUAAAAGCAAUAAUUUACCACGGUUCUUCGCCGAUAGUCCUUCAUUGCCUGAAUAUAAAGGCGAGACGAGUCUACAGGCUUUGAAACAGCAGUCGGAAAUGAUGCACCAGGAAGAUUUUAGCAUGCCAAGGUAUUACGGAACGAUAUCAAAGUCUACUGAACAACUACCGGUACAUGAAAGCAAAUCUAUGCCAGAUUUGAGGAACCCGACAUCGACGGGUAAAGUUAGCAAAAGAUUGGUGAAGUUACGAAGCAGAUUGAAGCCGUUAGUAAUUAAGAAAAGCUCUGAUGAGAGACUAUGAGCAGUAUUAACACUGGCUGUAGAGAUUUUAAUUAUAAAAACAGAUAAAAUAUGUUGACAGAUUAACGUAUGUUACCUUCAAAGAAUUACAUGUUUGAACUAUUUGAGAUAUACGGCAAAAAAUAUGUGUGUCCAGUUAUAAGGACAAUAAUAUUGUCUAACUCUAAUCUGAAAUCAGUUGGUGGAAGGGAACAGUGGUAUGUUUCACACGAGUGGAAAUGUGUUUGGUGUCUGGUGCGUUUAAAUUAUUCACAACGGUCAUUAAUCUAUAACUGGCCUGCAAAACUAAGUAUUACACUUUUAAAUUUAAUAUGUAAUUUUUUUUGCAGCUUUCUUAACUAUUUAUUAGUAACAUUUUGAGUCAUUUUAUUUCGAAUGUUCAUCCUGUGUUCUUAAAAGGUUUUAUUAUAAUUUUAAAAGUGUACUACUUAAGUUUAUUAAAAAUACUUGUUGCACUCGUGAUUCAAUCUACUACUUCCCUAGUUCGAAAUUUGAACUCAGCACUCGCAUAUAAAACAAUACUUUCCACACUUGUAUAAAACAAAAUAUGAAUACAAAAAUAAAAAAGUAAAAAGGAGAGUAUAAAAUGUAUGUAAGUAUUCAUUUACACUUUUACUCUUUUGGUAUUAUAUUUAUUGAUUCAUUUCGUUUUCUAAAUAUGCCUAUACAUCAUAAUAUAUUCCAUUAUAUUAUGAUUACCUCGUUUUACAUCUACUUACUUUGUUUAUUUAACUUUGUUUACAUUUUCUUUUUCUUUUUCGAUUAUUUUAGUUUAUUGUAAAUUCUCUAAUAUGCUUUUCAAUAAAUGUCAGUAUUUAAGCUCAAAACGGUGUACCUUCGAUUGUGAUUUUGCGAAUAAAAUA